AUGGAUCUCAUUGGCAAGAUUUAUCUAGCCAGUAGCAAGCAACACUGUUUUAUCAUUGUUGCUAUAGACUAUUUCACCAAAUGGGUGGAAGCCAAGCCUAUUAAAUCCACUACAUCUCAGGAAAUCAUCACUUUCAUAAAAGAACAGAUUUUACAAAGGUUUGGCAUUCCAGAAUCCAUCACAACUGACAGGGGAUCUUCUUUCAUAUAUGAAGAGAUGCUAGAUAUGGCAGAAGCGUUCAAAUUCAAGCUGCUUCAAUCCACUUCUUAUUAUGCUCAAGCCAAUGGGCAGGCAGAAUUAAGUAACAAUGUUAUCAUCAACAUUAUCAGAAAAAUGCUUGAGAAAAAUCCAAAGCAGUGGCAUGAGAAGUUAUCAGAAACUUUGUGGGCAUAUAGAACUUCAAAGAGAGAGGCAAUUGGCAUGACCCCAUAUGCUCUAACCUAUGACCAUGAUGCAAGUCUACCCAUGGAGAUAGCAGUCCAGUCUCUUAGAAUUGCUCAUCAACAAAAUCUGAUUGGAGAGGAUUACUCUCAAGCCAUGCUGCUAGAACUGGAAGGAUUGGAUACAAGCAGGAUUGAUACCCUGAACAAACUCUUAGCAGGAAAGCAGGUUGUAUCAAGGGACUACAACAAAAGAGUUAGAAAGAUGAGUUUUGAAGAAGGAGAAAUAGUCUGGAAAGCAGUUCUGCCCCUUGGAACACAUAUAGCAGGUUAUGGAAAGUGGUCAUCUACAUGGGAAUGUCCUUUUAUAAUUAAGCAAAUCCUUGGAAUGGGGGCAUACAUAUUAUAG